AUGGAGCGUCAUCGAAAACAUUCGGUCGGCGGCACAACCCUCCACACGUGUCGUCCGUGCCGGCGCGCCACUCUCUACCGAAUCUACGCGGUGGUUCACACGUGUGGCAUCGUAGCCCUCAUGUAUCACCAUGCACACUCCCUUCUCACAAGAACAAGCUCUACUCUAAUAACUUCUCUUCUUCUCCUCUCUGAUAUUGUUCUCACCUUCAUGUGGGCCACCACAACUUGCCUCCGGUUAAAUCCGGUUCACCGGUCCGAGUACCCCGAGAGAUAUGAAGCUAAACCGGAAGACUUUCCGAAGCUCGACGUGUUUAUAUGCACGGCUGAUCCUUACAAGGAGCCUCCGUUGAUGGUGGCCAACACUGCCUUAUCAGUGAUGGCUUACGAUUAUCCGGCGGAUAAGAUCUCGGUCUACGUGUCGGACGAUGGAGGAUCGUCCUUGACCUUGUUUGCUUUAAUGGAGGCUGCUAAGUUCUCUAAGCAUUGGUUGCCAUUUUGCAAGAAGAACAAUGUUCAAGAUCGGUCUCCUGAAGUUUAUUUCUCAACAAACUCACAUCCUAAAGACGACGAAGCUAAUAAUCUCAAGAUGAUGUACGAAGACAUGAAGAGUAGAGUAGAACAUAUGGUUGAUAGUGGAAAAGUUAAAUCCGACUUUGUCACAUGCGAUCAAUUUCGUGGAGUAUUCGAUUUGUGGACCAACAAAUUCACGCGUCAUGACCAUCCCACUAUUAUUCAGGUGUUGCAAAAUAGCGAGAUGGAUAUGGACGAUACCAAAAAGUAUGUAAUGCCAAACCUAAUCUAUGUUUCAAGAGAGAAGAGUAAAGUUUCACAACAUCAUUUCAAAGCCGGUGCUCUUAAUACCUUGCUACGAGUAUCUGCGGUUAUGACGAAUUCACCGGUCAUUUUAACACAAGACUGUGAUAUGUACUCGAACGAUCCUUCAACACCGGUUCGUGCCUUGUGCUAUUUAACAGAUCCUGAAAUCAAAUCUGGUUUAGGGUAUGUGCAGUUUCCUCAAAAAUUUCAAGGAAUAAGCAAAAACGAUAUCUAUGCAUGCGAGUACAAACGCCUAUUUGAGAUCAAUAUGAUUGGGUUUGAUGGGUUAAUGGGCCCGAACUAUGUGGGAACUGGAUGUUUCUUCAGUCGACGGGUUUUCUAUGGGCCUCCAUCUAAUUUUAUUUCACCAGAGUUAGAUGAACUUCGACCUAACCGGAUUGCAGAUAAACUCAUCAAGGGCCAAGAUGUUUUGGCAUUGGCACACAAUGUAGCAGGAUGUAACUACGAGUGCAACACCAAUUGGGGAUCCAAGAUUGGAUUCAGAUAUGGAUCACUAGUGGAAGACUACUACACAGGGUAUAGACUCCAUUGUGAAGGAUGGAGAUCAGUUUUUUGCAAUCCCGAAAAAGCAGCAUUUUGCGGAGAUGCCCCGAAAAGCCUGAGUGAUGUAGUGAGCCAACAAAAGAGAUGGGCGAUUGGGGUUCUUCAAGUGUCCUUGUCAAGAUAUAGCCCUAUUACCUAUGGGGUCAAAUCAAUGGGUUUGCUAAUGGGUAUAGGCUAUUGUCAAUAUGCAUUUUGGCCUUUCUGGUUAAUUCCUCUUUUCAUCUAUGGAUUUUUGCCCCAGCUUGCCAUCUUUUAUGGAGUUAGCGUCUUCCCCAAGACAUAUGAUCUAUGGUUUUGGCUUUACAUUUUCUUGUUCUUCGGUGCAUAUGCGCAAGAUCUAUUGGACUUUGUAUUAGAAGGAGGAAGUUAUCGGGGAUGGUGGAACGAUCAAAGAAUGUGGUUGAUUCGAGGAUUCUCUUCAUUCUUCUUUGGCUUCAUAGAGUUCACUCUCAAAACCCUAAACCUCUCCACCCAUGGAUUCAACCUCACUAGCAAAGCCAACGAUGAUGAAGAACAAAGCAAGAGGUAUGAGCAAGAGAUCUUUGAUUUUGGGCCCUCUUCGCCUAUGUUCUUACCCAUGACUAUGGUUGCGAUUGUGAAUCUCCUUGCCCUCGUCUUGGGGCUUUAUGGUCUUUUCUUUUGGGGAGAAAGACUCUUACUUGAAUUGAUGCUAGUAAGCUUCGUGGUGGUGAAUUGCUUACCGAUCUAUGAGGCUAUGGUGUUGAGGAAAGAUAAUGGAAAAUUACCACAAAAGAUUGGCCUCCUAGCUGGGAUCCUGACAUUUGUUCUUAUUAUGUCAGGUUACUUCUUCCUCAAGUAA